AUGGCCGCCGCUACCAGCGCUGCUUCGGCUCAGCAGCCCACCGUCUUUCCCCACAGCCAUGUCGGUUUCGACAGCAUCACCUCCCAGAUCGAGCGGAAGCUGUUGAAGCGUGGCUUCCAGUUCAAUGUCAUGUGUGUCGGACAAACUGGCUUGGGCAAAUCGACUCUGGUCAACACUAUCUUCGCAUCCCACCUGAUCGACUCCAAGGGUCGUCUCACCCCCAAUGAGCCCGUGCGCUCCACCACCGAGAUCCAGACUGUUUCGCAUAUCAUCGAGGAGAACGGCGUGCGUCUCCGCCUGAACAUCGUCGAUACACCUGGAUACGGUGACCAGGUCAACAACGACCGCUGCUGGGACCCGAUUGUCAAGUAUAUCAAGGAUCAGCACUCGGCAUACCUCCGCAAGGAACUCACUGCUCAGCGUGAGCGCUACAUCCAAGAUACCCGUAUCCACUGCUGCUUGUUCUUCAUCCAGCCCUCCGGCCAUGCUCUCAAGCCCAUCGAUAUUGUUGUCCUGAAGAAGCUGUCCGACGUUGUCAAUGUCGUGCCUGUCAUCGCCAAGGCUGACUCCCUCACUCUCGAAGAGCGCCAGGCUUUCAAGGAACGGAUCAAGGAGGAGUUUUCUUUCCACAACCUGAAGAUGUACCCCUACGAUAACGACGAGCUGGACGACGAGGAGCGCGCCAUCAACGCUCAGAUUAAGGACAUCAUUCCCUUCUCCGUUGUCGGCAGUGAGAAGACCAUUGUCGUUAACGGCAAGCAGGUUCGCGGCCGCCAGAACCGCUGGGGCGUCAUCAACGUCGAGGACGAGAACCACUGCGAGUUCGUCUACCUGCGUAACUUCCUGACCCGCACCCACCUGCAGGACCUGGUCGAAACCACCAGCCAGAUCCACUACGAGACCUUCCGUGCCAAGCAACUGCUGGCUCUGAAGGAGAGCAGCGCUGCCGGUGGCCACACGGGUGGCAGUCGGCCCAUCAGCCCUUCUGCGGACCGCGAACUGAGCCGCAACUCGCAACGGGCGGCCAUGAACGGCUACUAA